CCAGUCGAUCGAGUGACCUUUGGUUUUAUUCGCACUCGCAUUGUGCCUCAGAUCGGUAGUUAGUGCUUAGUUGCUAACUUAGUUAGUUAGUCAGCCAGUUAGCUAGUCGGUGGCCAGUGAUCGCCAGUGGGAAAAUGUCGCAGAUGCUCCAGCUGGACGCCUUGGUCAUGGCCAUGGCCUGUCUGUCCACCACGCAAACGGAUCUGGGCGGAGGUCUGAUGGUUCCGCCCUCUUUGCAAAAUGCGAGCUCCAGCAGCUGCCCAGUUUCAGCCUUGAGUGGCCUCACCACCCGGAUGCAGUCGCUGACGAGGGAAAUAGCCAGUGUGAAGGAGCAGAUAGGCAGUCUACAGGAGCAACUGGUGGACCUGCGGAGGACGGGCAGUCCGCCGGCGGUGGCCCUCGCCGCCUCGCCCCACGCCCUGGGCUCUCGAUUACCUCUCCACCUCGACAGCCUGGACCUUGAGCCGCAACUCCUGGCCGCCGGCGGGGCAGUGGGUGUGCCCGGCACUCCGGAGAACUGCCUGAAGCAGCAGCACGGGGUGGUCCGCAUCCGACCCCGGGCGAAUGUGGAGCCCUUCUUCGUGUUCUGCGACCAGAAGGUGAGGGGUGGCGGCUGGACCAUGGUGGUCAACCGGUACGACGGCAGCGAGGACUUCAAUCGCAAGUGGGCCGACUACCAGAUUGGCUUUGGACCGCUCACCACCGAGUUCUUCAUCGGCCUGGACAAGCUGCACCAGAUAACCAGCAGUGACAACUACGAGCUCUUGGUUCAGCUGCAGAAUCGGAAGCAGGACCUGCGAUACGCUGUAUACGAUCACUUCAGCAUCGGCAGUGAGUCGGAGCAGUACAGGCUGAAUGUCCUGGGAAAAUACCAGGGCGAUGCGGAGGACGCACUGCGCCAGCACACGGGCAAGAAAUUCAGCACUCAGGAUCGGGACAACGAUGAGAGCGAGCAAAACUGCGCGGCCUCGCAGUCGGGGGCCUUUUGGUACGGCGGCUCCUGCAAUCUCAGCAACCCUUUUGGCCUCUAUCAACGCCUUCUCGAGCGAGAUGUCGAUGGUUUCAAGGGCAUUUUGUGGCGUGGCUUUCUCGAUGGACCCAAAGGAUCUCUGAAAAUUGUCCGCAUGCUGGUUCGACCCCGCGCUAGUUCAUAAAUAGGU